AUGGACUCAGCACCACCCCUUCUCGCUCAUGCUCACCACAUCCGACAUCUGCUGAUCGCCGAACGCUGGCUCUUGUCCACCGCCAUCUUGUCCAACAUUACCAACCUCGAAUCACUUGUCUUUGGAGGGCGAUUCAACGAGUGGACAUAUCCCAGCAAUGUGUUUCAUCUUGACGAGGUCCCAAGCGAAGUGACGGUACCGGAUAGCAUAUUCCACAUCCCAUCCGACAAGUCGCUCUCCAAAUUGUACAAACGGAUAAUGACACUUCGGUCACAACUCUGCUGGCAACUGGUCUUCAACAACCCUCACCUCCGGUCGAUCGAGUUCAAGUCUGCCACCAGUACACCAACCUUCUGGGGAUUCAAAUCGACAACCGAAGAUGCGGCGACAGAGGCGUACCUCCUUCAGGCAUUCUCGGCGUUGACACAGGUGCGACACCUCGAACUCGGGAAGGGCAUUGUCGAAUUCGUGCUUCCCCGACUUGGACGUCUCUUCCCACACAUUAUAACAUACGUGUGUCCGACCGUGAGUUUCCUGGAAAUGGAUCGUACUCCUUUCGACUCCUGCAGCACUCUUCGCACUCUACGCUUCCAUUGCGCCAUCAGAGUCCCUCACCUGCGAUCCAUUUUAAAGGCGUUCUCGGGACUCCAGCACCUUACACUUGGAGGAACUAUCGUGGGAUUGAACCCGGUCGCGUCGAAUGAGAUCAUUGAGCAUUCCAGUCUGGAGACGCUUGUGACCGUUCGCUUCUCGGACCUCGUUGCUGGCAAGGUCCGGUUCAGGGGGCUGAAAAAGUUGACGGUGCCAGGAUUGUCUCAUCGAGAACUCAAGGAAGCGUUGAGCGCGCUGCCAUCAUUGGAGUAUCUCUUGCUAUCAAGUUAUGAUGACAGAGGCUAUGCAGGCGAUCUUUCGGAAUUGGGAGCUUCAAAGCAGGACUACCCGCUUCAGACGUUUUUCUGUUCGACAAGCCACGGGAACCCGACCAUACCACACUUUGUGCACUCGAUGCCGCAUUUGGUCCGCUUGCAUCUUGGAGCCACCACGGGAGAUCUUGUUGCGGAGCUGGGCAGGACGUGCAGGAGCCUGGAGUGGGUGCACUUUGAUCUCCAAGAGCCAUGUUACCAGGAGAUGAAUCAACUCUUUGUCGAGUGUCCUAGGUUGACACAUUGCUUGGGGGAAGGUCAUGAAGUUCUGAGCAGCGACGUUCUUCAGGAGCCUUACUGGGCAUGUCUUGGACUUCAGGAACUGCAUUGUGCCAUUCGAGGGGUGGUCAGGUUGACGGUUGGCCAGGAACAUGUUUUGGACAAGAUGCGACACGAGUCAAGGACGGAGCCAGAGAUGAACGAGGAGCGAGAAGCCGUCAAUAGGUGGACAGAGUCACUUUCAGUUCAGCGACAAGUUUACCAAAGACUGGCACUGUUGACUGAGCUAACGUACUUGGAUAUUGGGUUUGGUCAGUUCUCGAGGGGGGACUUUCUUGAGCGCUACGUGAGUGAGUUUGACGGAGGACUUCGCUACCGAGGACGGACUAGCAGUACUUUUUCAGGAUGUCUGGAGCUUUCGUUGGAAUCUGGAUUAUUCGAACUUGGGACACUUGCUCGACUCAGGACUAUUGGGUUCCAGGGCGUUGAUCACCGCAUAGGGUUGCCAGAGAUGCUUUGGAUGGUGGCGAGGUGGCCGGUGAAGAGGUUAAUGGGGAUGGAGGGGUAUUAUGUUCGACAGGGGGGUCCAGACCCACAGCAGGAGCCACGACUGGAGUCUUUUCUUAAGCUUGUGCCUUCGGCUGUCUAG